AGAGCUCGCACACGGUGAGGAUGUCCAGACCAUUAUUCCUCGAUUGGCCCUGGAGACCCCUCUGCAGCCCCUCCCAAUCUCUCCCACUGACCCAUGGACCAGAAGACUGGAUUUUGCAAUGGAAGGGAAAUUGCAGGCAGCAGACAGCUCUGCACUGUCCCUUUGGCUUUCCUCAGGCACCUCUGAGAGAGAGACAGCCUCUCAGCCAAGUACCCAACAAGGGACAUGAGAAGGCUUCUGCUGUGCAGCUGCCAGAGAACGGGACAGAUCAAAGCAGGAGAGGACCAACAUCUGCAGUAACCAAAGCAAGGACAAGUUACCCCGAGUCAGAAAUCUUCAUUGUGUAUCUGUGCAGUUACUUUUGGAACUCAAGUGAAGGACUUUACAUGUCAGGUUCCACCUGAAUUCCUU